GCCAAUUCCUCUUCAACUCCCAGUCUGGUGCCAUUGUCCCCGUCUCCUCCCCCAGAUAGAUUUCUACUUUUAGACAUUUCGGGAUUGCCCACAUUCGAAUUCUUAUCUCUCGAUCUAUUCGACUUCCAACAAUUCCAUCACCAUGACUUCCAGCCCGCCAUCCUGUCGUGAUCCCUACUCUCUUGACAACAUCAUGUCGCCUCCCAUCUCCUCAGCGAAAUCGGCCCAGGAGCCGCGCAGCGGCAAGCUCUUUCAUUCGCACGCCCUCGCCCGCGCCGCUGCGUCGAGCCCCCUCGCCGCCAUCUCUGCCAAUGCACUCGCCAAGAAGAGACAGCGGAGUCCCGACCUGAGCGAUGACCUAGGGUUUUUCGCUCCGAAGCGCCAGAACGUCUCUUCGGUGCUGAACCCCGAGAGCCGAGCGGUCGAGCGAGAGAAGCCGACAUGGACACAACCGCAGCCCGCCAUGUCCAGUAGCUCCCCGAUACCCUUCGAGCGUGCAUCCGGCAAGCGCGAUUCGGGUUUCCACGAGGACCAACAAGACGAAGACAUUACUGGUAACAAGGAGGUUGCCAUGCCGGCCCUGCACGAUGACUCCGGUUUCCACGAGCCUGCCGACGACGAAUCCCAUGUCAAGAACAAUGGCCUCGCCAUGCCGUCGCUCGACGAGCAGGUGAAGUCCGUCGUGGUCGGGUCGCCUGUUCCUGUAGCCGACAUGGCGAUCAGUGUCGACGAUACCGAAGACGCCGAUGUCGAGGAAGAUGCUAGCAGCGUCGAGGGCGACCACGUCGAGGAGAGACACAGUGAUCACGACCCAAGCAUCCAAGUGGCCGAGGUCGUCAACGGAGAGGCAACUAUCGAAGCUGUUGACCUUGCCGAAGAACCAACAAUUGAAGCAGCCACCCCUGCCGAAGAAGCCACCAUCGAAGCAGCUAGCCCCGCCGAAGCAGCGAGCGAGGCGAAGAACAAGAGCGUCCCCGGCCGCCGUCGUGGCCGUCAAAACAACAACAAACAGGUUAUCGUUUACUCCAACAUCCUCGACCAGACCCCCGACGCCAACGCCGACGCCGACGACAACGACGACGAAGAAGCGAAGGAAUAUCCCGUCGACCACGUCUCCUCCCACCGCCUCACCCCCGACGGCCUAAUCGAGCUCCUCGUCCAAUGGGAGGACCCGGACGAGGCGUCGACGUGGGAGCCCGAGGACCAGCUGCAGCUGGGGGCGCGCGACGCCGUGGCCGCGUACUGGGCGACGGUCGAGGGCGGGCGCCUGUCUGUGCGGCCGUACGAGGUGUUCGCCGUGCGCGGGCACGAGUGGGUCAAGACGCGGCUGCCGGCCCGGCGGGGCAAGGCGUCGGUCAGGGCCAAGCACACCGUGAACAAGCUUUGCCUGCGGGUCGAGUGGCUGGGCUAUGUUGAGGAGACGCUGGAGCCCGUGGACAGGUUCAAGAAGGAUCAGCCUGUGCUUGUGGAGCAGUAUUUUGAGCUGUUGGGCGGGAGGCCGAGGCCGAGGCCGUGAGGAGGGAGGGGGAACGUUGGGUUCAGGUGUUGAUGUGGCGUUAUUCGGAAGGGCUGGAUCCUGGCCCAUGGUCUUUUUACCUCUUUUCUGUCCUUCUAGUCCCUCCUUUGCAUGGAAGUUACAAUUGGUGGCCGAUGGAUGGCCGCGGUAGGUAUGUCUGAUUUGUAUUAUUACGGUUUUACUGGUUGACUGCAGAGUCUGGGCACGCUGAUGAGGAGUUUGUUUCAAUGGGGCAUGUCGAUACGAUGGGACAAUGCAGUCGACGCUGCGCCCUCGCCAACAGGCACCACAACUUCUCGCGUGUAUGGUACAACGGUACUCGGUUAGGUUUCAUCUCUAUCUAAACGAUUGGUAGAGCUAUCAAAAAUACCUUUUUGGUGAACCAUCACGCUAGCAUCUCCGUCCGAAGCUCAACAGGCCCGGCCGAUAUCAAGAUGGGAGUGAGAAAGUGACUCCAGACUUCUAUCAUGUACACGCACACGCCUACCCUAAUGCACGA